AUGUCCAACCGAACCACCAUGACCGAAUUCCUUCUUCUGGGAUUCUCUGGUGUUCGGGAGCUGCAGAUUUUGCACUUUGUGAUGUUUUUGGUGCUUUACCUGGCAGGCCUUAUUGCGAACCUUCUCAUAUUCACAGCUAUAUCCCUCAACCACCAUCUUCACACCCCCUUGAACUUCUUCCUGAUGAAUCUGUCCAUUCUGGACCUUGGAUUCAUCUCUGUCACCAUCCCCAAAUCCAUGGCCAAUUCCCUCAUGAACACCAGGGUGAUUUCUUAUUCUGGGUGUGUCGCCCAAGUCUUUCUCCUCAUGUUCCUUGGUUUGGCUGAUCUCGGAAUCCUGACUGUCAUGGCAUAUGAUCGAUAUGUUGCUAUCUGCCAGCCACUGCAUUACAAGAGAGCGAUGAACAGGAGAGCUUGUAUACAAAUGGCAGCCAGUGCCUGGAUCAGUGGUAUUCUUUACUCUGCCCUGCACACUGGGAACACAUUUGCGAUAUCCUUCUGUGGAGGAAAUGUGGUGGAUCAGUUCUUCUGUGACAUCCCCCAGCUACUCAAGUUGGCCUGUUCAGA